AGAGGGGGAAGGAGAGGAGGCAUCAGCAGCAUCAGCAGCAUCGCCAGCAUGAAUCCGCAGACUGCGGCUGGCUUCAUGCUGCUGCACGUUGUGUCUCCGGACCUGCAGGAGGGACAGGAGGAGGAGGAGGAGGCGAUGGCUGUGUCCGGCUCGGGGCUGGCGCUGAAGCCGCUGCCCUUCGACCUGAGCCGGAGCCGCCGCCCGGCCGCGCUGCUGCAAGAUGCCGCCUGCCGGCUGCAGCACCUGGAGCUGCCCGGCGCCAAGGGAGCGAGGCCGCAGCUGAUGGUGUUCCGCAACCUGGAGCCGCCGGCGGCCUUGACCGUGGAGGUGGCGGGGGGCAGCGAGAGGCCCAAAGCCUCGCCCUCUCCCGGACUCUGCCCCCGGCACCGACGCUGCCCGGGCCGGGCCCGCGGUGGCCGGAGAGACGAGCGGGUGUCCGACCUGGCCCGGGACUUCGGCGACUUCACGGUGGGGCCGGGGCCGGGGGGCGAGGACGCGGCCUGCGAGUGCCCGGGCCUGGGCCUGGAUUUGGGCCCGGCCACCACCACCUCCUCCUCCUCCUCCUCGGGCCCCGGUGAGGAGACGAGCGACGCCGUGCUGGUGCUGGGCGCGAUGGAGGAGCCGGGGGCCGAGGCCGGGCCUGGUGACGGCGACGACUGCCCGCUCCGCCUGCUGUGCCGGGGCCUGGGCGGGGAGACGGAGCCGGAGCCGGAGCCCGAGGCCUCGGCCUCUCCCACCGCCACCGCCGCCCCCCCCGCCGCCCCCCCGGGGGACCCCGACCACCCGCUGGCCGCCCGCUCCCGCCGGAGCUCCCUGAGGAGCCGCCUCACCAGGCUCUUCCGUGCCCGCAGCUGCAACGGGGCGGCCGAGGCCGGAGCCAAGCGACACUCGCUGCAGCUACACGGCCCGGCCGAGGGCCCGGACAUCAGCAAACCCAGAUUGACCAGGACACAAAGUGCCUUCACUCCGGUGUCUUUAGCACCACCUUUCACAGGAGAAACGGUGUCACUGGUCGACCUGGACAUUUCUCGCCGCGAGCCGCCGUCCCCUCACCCGCCGACGCCGCCGCCCCCCCCUCGCCGCAGCCUCAGCCUUCUCGAUGACAUUGGAGGGCCUCAGCUUCCGUUUUACCCGGUCAGUCCGGCUGCCGCCAGCCUACAGUCGCUACCUUUGCCGCCUCCACCUCCACCGCACACCAUUCAGCUCAGUCUCAGCUUGAGCGACACUUUGCAGAGAAACUGUCCCCAAAUCCGACCGAUGACUCUACAGAAUCAGCCUUGCCCGCUGACCAGGAGAGACUCCAACACCUUUGCCGCCAGCUUACGGGAACUGGAGAAGUGCGGCUGGUACUGGGGCCCGAUGAACUGGGACGACGCGGAGAUGAAGCUGAAAGGCAAGCCCGAUGGCUCGUUCCUGGUGAGGGACAGCUCAGACCCCCGCUACAUCCUCAGCCUCAGCUUCCGAUCGCAGGGAAUCACCCACCACACCAGGAUGGAGCACUACCGAGGUACCUUCAGCUUGUGGUGCCAUCCAAAAUUUGAAGACCGUUGCCAAUCUGUGGUGGAGUUCAUCGAGAGGGCCAUCAUGCAUUCCAAAAACGGAAAGUUCCUCUACUUCCUGCGUUCCAGAGUUCCUGGUCUGCCUCCGACUCCAGUGCAGCUCCUCUACCCCGUCUCCCGUUUCAGCAACGUGAAGUCCCUGCAGCAUCUGUGCCGCUUCCGCAUCCGGCAGCUGGUCCGGAUCGACCACGUCCCCGACCUGCCGCUGCCCAAGCCCCUCAUCUCGUACCUGCGCAAGUUCUACUACUACGACCCCGAGGAGGAGACUUACCUGUCUCUGAGAGAAGCCCGUCUCAACACAGCCCCCGAACACGACAUGGACACGCAGACGUAGCGGGUGCGGAGUGGCGGCUGGAAUCGUCUACAGUCCGAUCGCUACUGUGGGCGGCGGGAACAGCAGAGCACGACGGGAUCGCCAAGCCGGCACCGAUGGGGGGCUCACCGAUCUUCUGGAAGUGCGCGCUCCCCACUCCCGACGCUGACGUAGACCCAUCGUGGCGCGAGUGGCUGUGGUGCGGAGUGGGCCCGGAGGCCGGUGGACAUUCCUCCCGGAACAGGUGAAGACGGGGAAACGGGACAAUCAAGCGACCGAUGGUGGAUUUGCACUUUCUGCUGAGACAGAUUGGCGUUAGUUACUAACAGCUUUAUACUGGAGAGAGAGAGAGACACACACACACACAAACACGCACAGAUCUUCUGCUUCCAGAGACAUUCUACAACGCCGACAUCCCUGAGAGGGAUCGAAUGUCUGGAAGGGUUAUAUUGCACAAUGUUUGUUUUUUGUUUUGUUAAGUCAUGGAUUAAACUACUGGUUAUAUGUUUGCAGGCUAUUCAACUUGAUAAUUUAUGGAAAUCAUUUAUAAGUGACUCCUUGAUCUGGCCGGAUUUCACCUUCUCUGCCUGAAGGCCAGCGUUCUCCCUGUGCCACGCUCCACAGACGCUGACUCAGCCAAGCUGCCACCCCCAGGGUGAAGCUGCCACCCCGGGGUGAAGGUCCCAGCCAGAGGUGACGAUACUUUAUUGUCACACGUGCAGCGAAAUGCUUUGUGUUUUCCUACAAAGUACACAAAGGGGGUUGCCACAAAGGUGCCGACAAAGAAACCAAUGCUAACAAAGAGGGGGAAUAUGGGUGUGGAUGUGACUUGUGCAGAUGGGGCAUGUUGGUCAGAGUGGGCACGUUGGGCCCAAGAGCCUUUUUCCACACUGUAUGACUCUAAAGCAGGGGUUCCCAACCUGUUUGGUCCCGUUUACCCCUGGCAACUUUAAUAGCACAUAACUACUUCAUUUCACUUAUUUAUGAACAACUAAAGAUGAACAGAUGCCAGUAUACCAGAACCAAACACACUCAGUCAAUGAGAAAAGAUAUGUACAAAUCCAUAAUCAACUAAUGUACCCCCUGGGUUGGUGAAAUUGACCCCCUGCGGGUAAAUUGACCCCAGGUUAGGAACCCUUGGUCUAAAGACUUCUAUCAUGUUUUAUUUUGUUGCAGAUUCCAGCAGCCGCUGUCUCUGGCAUGUAUAUUUUGUGUUUAUUUAUUUAAUGUUUUUUUAAUCACUCCUGAGUAAAGUUUUAUUUUGGGUAUUUAAGUUUUAGGAUCGUGAUUAUAUGAAUUCUGUAAGGAAGAAUUUCUGUUGCCCAAACAGCUGUAACGUUGGGAGGGGCGACUGAUUGCUUCAGCUGAGCCGUCAACUAAAGUCAUCCCUCUGUUUGUUUUGUGGGUUGUGUUAAACUUGUUUGCUUCUGGGUGAGAGGCAGGACAGAGGUCCCUCGAGCACCCUGCCCUGUCCUGGAAUCCUAGCGUGGAAUAUUGGAGUCUUUUCCAUGGCCCACACUUCCCUUAGAACGAGAGAGAUGGGUCUCGACCCGAAACGUCACCUGUCGAGUCUGAUGAAGGGCCUCGACCCGAAACGUCUCCCAUUCCUUUUCCCCAGAAAUGCCGCCUGGCCCGCUGAGUUUCUCCAGCUUUUUAUUGUGUCUGCCUUCCCUCCGACCGGCCCCGUUCUGAUGCUCAUGUAUUUGGUGGGUGUUUGGUUUUGCACUGGGGUGGGCACAUGGAGAAUGUGGAGAGCGCCCACUGGCACUGGCACUGGCACUGGCACGGGUGGGCCUUGCACCGCCAGCCCAGGCAAAGAAAUCUGUCCCCCAGAUGAAAGGACAACCUCUGCUACAACAUUGAUAUUGUCCAGUGUUUGUUGCGACCAGCUGGCUGGCAUCUUUUUCUCAUGUGGAAUUAGUCUGGUCGAACCUCAAAGCAAAAAGCUGUACCCCUUUUAAGAAUGGCCUUGCCUGUUAAAUGGAGAUAUAUUUUGUGAUUGUUGCAAAACCAAUGCAGAUGGGCAGUAACUGUCCAGUCCACUGCCCCUUGUACAUACCCUGUUAAUACGCAUGUAUGUUCAUUCUCAGUAUAUACAGGACCAUGGAACAAUCAGUGCUGAUGUCGGCAGACGUCAAAUGUAUAUGUUUCAACCCAUGUUUUGUAAAUGUUGAACAGAGAAGGUUGAUUAUGUAUUGUGCAUUUGUAUCGGAUUUCUAUUCUUGAAACUACUGGCAUAAAAUAUUACUUGUACAGACUGGGGGUGAGAGUAAAAGGUCACUGAAUUAAAAAACCUGUUAAUUUAAA